AUGCGAGGUUCUGCCCAACGCAUCGGCAUCUACACGAUUGACUUUCCCGAUCCAUACACAAUCAGCUACGACAACAAAGAAUUCGAGACUCUCAAUUCCAGCGUCUCCUUGCUACCUACCGCAUCGAUGGCUAACUUCCAGACUCUCUCCACCAAAGGCGUCGGCCGCUCGGACCCGCUGGCCAACCUUCCACAAGACAAGGACUACGCCUUGAUCGCAAUCGCCCCUUGGUUUUCUGCGCAAUGCACGCUCGAGUACUUUGCCGCCGCGCGCAAGGAGCCGACCAAGGGCAUCUUCGUGUACCAGCCCGCGCGAGGCAAUGACCAGCCCCCGGUCCUCAACGAUCCGUCCUGGAGUCUCAACGAUGGUGGGAGCUGGCAGAGCGCAAACACCUUCCCCACAUAUGCGCUAUCUUCCAUGACGGGCGACAUCAUCAUGAAUCAGAUGGCACAGUACUCGGGCAAUGUGACCAGUGUUCCACAUGGCGACGACCUUGCGCAAGAACUCGAUCCCAGCGACUAUGUUCGUCUGUGGGCUACGGUGGCGACAGAACAAGGUGCUCAGCUUCCGAGCUUGUGGGUUUUCCUUGUCAUAGUGCUGGCCAUCCUCAUCGUCGCAGUCUGUGGCACAUCUAUCGCAAUGCAUUUCAUCCAGCGGAGGCGGCGCAACAACCUUCAACGGCGCGUGCUCGCUGGUGAAGUCGACCUCGAAGCACUUGGAGUCAAGCGCUUGAACGUAUCUCAACAGAUCCUCGACAAGCUGCCAGUGUAUACAUACACUGCCAACACCGCCACCGACCACGAGAAGGCAAUCCCGCAGAUUCCUCUACCAGCGGCAGAUCUCGCUUCGUCGUCUGUAGAUGCCGAGACGGGAAACAAAACUUCUCCCCUAGUGCGCCAUUCGUCUGCGCCGACAGCAGUGGGUGCUUCAGCAUCAUCCCUGAACCAGCCGACCUGCGCGAUAUGUCUGGACGACUUCGAAUCUAACACAACACAAGUCCGCGAGCUACCAUGCCGUCAUAUCUUCCAUCCCGAUUGCAUCGAUACCUUCCUCCUCCGCAACUCUUCGCUAUGCCCGCUGUGCAAGCAAAGUGUGCUACCACCCGGCGCUUGUCCGGUGAAAAUCACAAAUAUGAUGGUACGAAGGGAGCGUCAUAUAAGUCGCAUGCGAGCACGUGGCACGCAUUCAGCAAAUGGACAAUCGAGCACUCCUCCAACCCUAUCGCAACCUCAUACUGCUCCACCAGGACCAAUCGGAUCGCUAGGGAGACGCAUAGGAGGAGCGAUGGCAGGUCGCCGUAUUUUCAGCGCUCCAGAAAGGAUGCGAUCUCGACCAGCAGACAUUGAGAUGGCCAAUAAUGGCACUGCGCCAACCACGAUAUCUACCCCAGCAGCCCCAAGUCCACCAAGCGGUGAAACUCCUGCUCCAACAACCACACACACCACUUCAAGAUUGCUCGCCAACACAAAAUCGCAGAGAGUGGGCGCGCCAGCGUGCGCUACAAAUGCUUGGCACCCGCCACGCUCCUGGGACCGAUGUGGAUGA